AUGGGUGAUGAAGAAGCUGCUACUCUCGAAGGACAAUUCUAUGAAUUUUCCAGAAUGUUAGAUAAUAAACGCGACGGUACUACCAUCACAUUAUAUCGGUCUGAUUUUUGGAUGCGUCAAGCAAAGCUAUUGGAUGAUAGAAAGCUUACGAUGACUGAUACUGGAAUAUUAUUUAAUAAAUUUAGUAAGUCUGAAUUAGACUGGGAUGAGUGGAACCAGUUUUUAGAUGAGGUUUGUGAAUUAAAAGAAUUUGACGAAGAAAAAUGUCGUGAAACUCUGACCAAUUGUGGGCUACCCGGUCAAACGCCAGUAUUAGUGCCUCAAUAUAGAGAUUUCUUUGCGACUUAUAAACCCAAAGAAAAAUUGCCGUUUUAA